CCGUUUAGGGUUUUGUCAACCCUAAACGGAGACUCUGUUUCAGAGUCGAGAAAUCGAAGAUUCGAUUAUUGCUCUUCCGCUCCGGUCACGGAGCUUGAAGAGGAAUUCGAAUUUGGGUUCAUCGGCGAGCUCGGGUAGAGUGAUCGUGAGAUCCCUUUUUCGAGAGUUUUAUCAGAUGGAGCAGAUUCAAAGAAUCGGGGAUCCCGUUCCCCGUGAUUUGGAAAUCGUUUGAUCCGUCCGAACAAAUUGAGGCUUCUUGUGAUCUACAAGUGUACCCCCGGGAAAAAAGAUCUUUUCCUCCGAGCUCAGAUCAAGUCUGGAUUUGGCAUUUUCGGUCCUGUACUGCGACGAGAUCGUGGAUCGGAGCAGGAAUUUAUUAUUCAUGAGAAAUCUGCCUACCGAGAUUUUGAUUCCGAUAUUACUGGAGAAGCAAAGGAGCUUCCUGGAGUCGUACCUCCGGUCAGCGUUUCUGUGGGAUUAGGCUGUCCAAAAUGGGUGGUGGAAUUUGAAUUGAGGAAGGAAAAUUGCGUGCAUUGAGAAAAUGUCACGCUCCCAAGGGAGGGCCACUUGGUCCGCAAUUUCCAAAAUUGCCUUCUCGGGAGAACGUCCUUGGUUAUUGAGGCCGUUGACACAGAGGCCAUCAGGCUCCCGUUUUCAAUUACGGAGGAGAUUUUCAGUGGUGGCACCUGAAAUUGACCAGAAUGAUACAGGUUCAGUUGUAUCCCCUUCUAAAAUCCGCAAUGUGGCUGUGAUUGCCCAUGUCGAUCACGGGAAGACGACUCUUAUGGACCGAAUAUUGCGUCAGUGUGGAGCAGCUGUUCCCCACGAGCGUGCUUUGGAUUCAAUUUCACUGGAAAAGGAGCGAGGAAUUACGAUCGCGUCCAAGUAUACAUCGAUGUCGUACGGUGGAGUGGAGCUGAACAUGUUGGAUACACCAGGCCAUGCUGAUUUCGGUGGAGAGGUGGAAAGGGUGGUAGGGAUGGUGGAGGGCGCAGUCUUGGUGGUAGAUGCUGGAGAAGGUCCCCUCGCUCAGACAAGAUUUGUCGUAGCCAAGGCUUUGGCUCGUGGAAUUCGCCCUAUUCUUCUGUUGAACAAGGUGGAUCGCCCAUCAGUCACACAAAAAAGAUGCGGAGAGGUGGAGAGCAUGAUUUUCGACCUCUUUGCAAACAUGGGCGCGUCAGAUGAACAGCUUGACUUCCCAGUGCUUUAUGCAUCCGCGAAGGAAGGAUGGGCAUCAAAGGAAUUUACGAAGGGAGGUACUGUGGAGGAGAACAAGAUGGGAAUGGGACCCUUACUUGAUGCUAUUGUGGAGCAUGUUCAGCCUCCUUCAGGAGAUUUGAAGGCACCCUUUCAAAUGCUGGUGUCAAUGAUGGAGCGUGACCCUUAUCUGGGUCGUCUGGUGACGGGAAGAAUUGCUUCAGGUAUCGUACGGGUUGGAGAUAGAGUGCAUGGACUGCGGUGGCAUGACAACGUCUGUAAGCCUGUAGAGGAAGGAAAGGUGGUUAAGUUGAUGAAAAAGAAAGGGACUACGACUGUUCUAGUGGAUUGUGCUGGAGCAGGAGAUAUCGUGUCCAUCGCCGGUCUUAGCCAGCCAUCUAUCGGGCACACCAUUUCAACCAUUGAGGUCAGCGAGGGCCUUCCUGCAGCUCCUAUGGAUCCCCCUACUAUCUCAAUGACUUUCGGCGUGAAUGAUUCUCCACUGGCAGGUCGAGAUGGUCAUCUGCUGACAGGGCCGAAAAUUGGAGAGAGGCUUAUGCAAGAAGCAGAGAGCAAUUUGUCCAUCGCUGUGGUACCAACAGCCAGCCAGGAUGCCUAUGAAGUACAGGGGAGGGGUGAGCUUCAGCUCGGUAUUCUUAUUGAAAAUAUGCGUCGUGAGGGUUUUGAGCUGUCAGUAUCUCCUCCAGCUGUAAUGUACAAAACCGAAAAUGGGAGAAAACUGGAGCCGAUUGAGGAGGUCGUUAUUGAGGUGCAAGACGAGCAUGCUGGGGUUGUUAUCGAGGCAAUGUCGCAUCGUCGUGGAACUUUGUUAGAUAUGGGGCCAUGCGCCGAAGCUGUGGGGCGGACUCGCCUCAUUUUUAGCUGUCCAUCAAGGGGACUAGUCGGAUAUAGAAGUGUGUUCAGCACGGAUACGCACGGCACGGGCUUCAUGCACCGAGCGUUCUUACAAUACGGAAAAUAUCGUGGUGCGCUUGGAAAUGUUCGUAAAGGGGCCCUGGUAUCUAUGGCGACGGGGACGAUCACCGCUUAUUCUUUGAUGAAUCUCGAAGCUCGUGGUAUCCUAUUCGUUCAACCUGGAAUGGAGACAUACGAUGGGAUGGUUAUCGGCGAGCAUUCGCGUGACACUGACCUGGAGCUCAAUCCUGUAAAGUCGAAGGAACUUACCAAUGUUCGAGCAGCAAGUAAGGAUGAAAAUGUUCGAUUGACACCACCGCGACAGAUAUCCUUGGAAGAAGCUAUCGGCUAUGUUGUUGCAGACGAACUCAUCGAGGUUACCCCCAAAGCUAUUCGGUUAAGGAAGAAAGCUCUGGAUUCAUCGAAAAGGAAAACUAUCCGUCGUGUUUUAAAGGACAAAUAGUAGGAUGUUUCUGGAAAUUGUAGCAGUAGAGGACUAGCACUAUUUAGAAACAUAUUUUCAGAUGAGCGUAACGACUUAUAGGGUAGUUGGUAGUUUUAUAUAAGUGGUCAAAUGGGCAUUUUGGUACUUUAGUCAUGGUACUUUGGUUUCUUCAGAUCUGUCUGAAUGUUUUCAGUUUUCGGAUCAUGUAGCAGCCAGAUGUUUGCCAUUCAAGAAGAGGAGGUAACAAGGAUUUUACCUAACUUCCUCCCUUAAGAUCUUGCUCAAGUAAACCAGCAAAUUACUAAAUAGGAUGAUAGUGUACAGAAGCUGACCCAAAGCUGUUCACUUCUUGUAUUAAAUUAUCCUAAUUUACAGAGGUUCUUUGGAAGAAAGUUCUGCCGGCU